CAGUCGCCUCCCACAGGGGAAAAGGCACCCGUCCUCCCCUGUGAUGAAGAAUCAUUCUUUGCCUCUAUAGACGAUGUAUUCUUCUGUGAUCAACAGACAAUUAGUAACCAGGAAAUUCACCGUACAGAUUCUUUAAAGGUCACAUGUUCCGAAGAAGACGACUCAAGUUUGGACAGUAGUUCAAGAAAAGCAAUUCAGCAUGAUGAAAGAAACGUGAAGCAGAAAGAAGUAACUACAAAUGUGCAAGAUAAGAAACAUAAUAAAACAAUAUUAGAGAAUACACCUGUUCGUCACAAUUUUCGCUUAAAUCAUAUUGGUCAAGUUGCAAAGAAACACAUUUCUUUACCUAAGAAUUUAAAAAAUCCGUUUAGCAAAAGUCAAAAGAAUAUUGUUCACAGAACUUUGAAAAAUUCAUUUGGACAAAGUCAUAAAAAAACUAGUAUUCAGGUGUCGCACACAACUUUAGUUGACAUACAGGUCGAAGACUGCCAACAACAUACGAUCGCAGAAAAAUCAAUUUCGUCAUUUUCCAAUACCUCUAGCGAUAAUACUAAAGAUACUUCGGAUUGUAAAAGUAUUCACACUCAGCUUAAAACAGAGAAGAAGUCUCCUAUAAACCAGUUUAAAUAUAAUAGUAUAGAAUCUGCAUUGGAGUCACAGUGUAGUAAAAACAAUAAACAGUAUUGUUGUUCUAAAACUUCAACUAGAGAAAUAAUUGCAGAAGGUAAAAGACUCGAAGAACACGAAACACAGGCUAGUAAUGAAAAAUCUACAGAGUAUGUAAAAAAAUUUCUAUGGGGUAGUAAGAAUAACAAAUUUACAAGUAAAAGUUUUGAGAAAUCGAGUAAAGAUCAAGGGAGGAACGAUUCUAUUGAAAAGAAAUCGAAGAAUAAAAAACUUAUUUGCAGUCCUUUAAAAAAAUUUGGCCGGUCAACUUUAACAAUUGAACCAGAUAAAAUUAUGAUAAAUUUACCAAAGUGUUCUCCCUGUGCUUGUAGAUUGGCUGCAAGCUCAAAAAUUUUGUCGUACGAUACAAAUAUACUUUCACGACUUACUAUAAAUCAAGACAGUCCCCUCCACGUAGUACGUUCGAGAACUCCGUCGCAUGUAGACGUACGUACAGAGAUAAAUUUGAAGUCUUCGGAAAGGAUGUUAACACAGGCUAAUUUAUAUUCAAAUACGCAACACUUUCAAAAGACACGGUAUACGCCGCGAAGUAAAAGCGUCGGUGAGCUGUGUAACAUUACGAAUAAGUGAGGUGAAGGCUCAAGAAGUUACCCAAAACUUUAAGGAAAUUAUUGAAUACUCUGAUACGAUAAAAGAAAAGCGAUAAAGAGGCCAAGUGUUAAUUAAAUAACACAAAUUCCAUGUCUCGCAAGUUGCAGUUCCACUGUUCUUCCACACAACUGUCUUCAAAGAAAUCACAGAUUUAUACGCACGACACACAUUCGGGUUGUAACAGUGCUAGUGAGAUUGUGCACAUAAACACACAUAUGACACAUUUAUAAAAUUUAUUAUAUUUCUAGAACUAUGAGAUAAUAUAUCUGUGCAUACUAAAUAUUCUUACAGUAUAUGCACACACACUGGUGCAUGUGUGUAUGUGUAAGCCGUUUCUGCAGUGUAAAUUGUGGAACGUUGUUACGACAAAUAUGUCGAGUAUUAUUAUUUUUAUUAUCAUCCUCCUUAAGACUAGGAAGACGAAUGGCUUUCGUACAUUGAAACAUUUUCCGCCACCAUAAAUGUCGCAAUCGACGGUAGCGAGCGAGUGGCAUGAAAAUUCCUCGCUGAACCUACUCAACUUAAAUUUCUAUAUAAUUUUAUAUGAUUAUUUGUUAUUUAAAAAAACUCAAACAGUUUCGUAAGAGCUACAAUUGUUGUUUGUCUUACUAUGACAUUAUGCAUUUAAACUUGUUUUUUAAAAAAAAAGAAAGUAGCUACUAAUAGAUUUGUUAAUGAAUGUGAGGUGUAUGAAUUGCAUUGUGUGUUUUUUAUGGCUCAUCUUUAGAAAUUAGGUUCAGCGGUGAAGCAAAUGUUAUGUGAAAUCGCAUGUUUUUAUAAAUGAAUCGUCACUGUGACCAGUGUAUAUGAUAGCUGUAUGAAUAAUAAAAACAUUUGUUUUUAUAUUGACCCACAGCAAAGGCCUGUGCAGCGAGCAAUGGAAAUCUUCCAAGGUAGCAAAGAAUUUAGGAUAGAGAUAAAAAGUUAAUGGAUAGCGUUAAGGAAAUGUGUAAGCAUGAAAUGUCCUAGAAGACGCUACGUUUUACCGAGAGUGAAUAAAAUGAGGAUCUUGUAAACAACAAUAAGAAUGCAAAUAGAUAGGGACAAUAUUACUGCCAAACUUGAUUAUGAAUUAGUUUAUUUCUAUUGGGGUGAAUCGUUUGGAGGACCUUGUCUGUAGUAUAUGUAUAAUGUAUGCGACAACGUGAAAUGAUCGUGCGGAGCCAAUGGAAUGAAUCGGCGCUAGUACAUGUAUGUAUUCCUGUAGAAAUUUUUUUGAUUUUCCAGUAAAUAUUGUGAACGUUUACUAUCCCGUCCUCGUCUUUUUAAAUACAUUGCUAUAUAUAAUUGUGGCUGUCGUAUGAAUGAACGGAAAGUGAAUAUAGACUUACGAAAUAUUUAAUAAGGAAUAAUCUAAUUAAAUUUGUUUUUUUAAAAUAAAUAAGUAGUAAUUUGUACAAAUUCGCCAGUGAAUUUAGUGUUUUGCAAUCAAUAUUCUCUUGCAUUUUUAUACUGUCCACGUGUAUCAUUUUCGUUAGUUGUUCCACGUAAUCAUUGUUUUCACAUUUCAUUUUGGAACAUGUCAUGUGUAUAAAUAUUAAAUACUUUUUGUAUUCACUUUCCCAUAGUAUUAAUUAUGUAGAAUAUUCUAUGGCGUAGAAUCGUACGAAUACAAAAUUGAGUCCGAUAUUUCUCUUCCAUUGGUCUUCGCGUAGCCGCUGUUAACCGAUCGCGAUUCUAAUCUAUUUCGUAACUUGUGAACAAAAAAAAAGAACAAAAAAAAUAAAAUUUAUACUGUUGUUUGACAAAUGUCUAGUUUUAUAGACGAUGAAUACGUUGGGGGCAGUUUUAUCGAUAAUUAAUAAAAAAAAAAAAGAAAUACGAAAAGUUGCAAUGAAAGCUCGGAGCUCGACAAAAGUCCAACGAUUCGUCGUUCGUAAAACUGGGUAAAAAAUAUCUUUUGUACAGCAUAUUUGGAUGCGUAUGUGUCCCCUCUUUCUUCUACUUUCUUUCUCGUUCCAUGCCGUACUUUCUCUCUAUCUCUCUCUAUUUCUCCUCGCUCAUUUCUUUAACUGUUUUUUUACUGUCCUACUCUGUCUCUCAUGCGCGUAAAGCAAUCGACCGGUUCUGAAGAGCACUUUCGUCUUUCAUGAUUGCAACGCGCCAUUUGAAAUGGUACUCGAUGGUCUUUCGGGUACCGUAAAUCAUGGUGCGCUGAUAUUCAUAACUGUACAUAAUAGCCUGUAAGUGAAGUAUUAGAAAUAAUGUACUCAGUGUUCUGUUCGGUCGUAUCUAAUGUACUUACGGGAGAAGAUGGGUUAAAGAGAUGGGAGGGAGGAGACAUAAAUGUAAGCGAUUACGACGAUCGCUAAUCCGAUCAUCAGUGUCGCGCGCAUCAAGGAAUGACUAAUGUAAAACGAAUUAGUUGGUUAGAUCUUUGAAUAAGAAUUCUGUAGAUCAUUGCAAAAUUAUUAGGGGAAAGAGAAGAAAGAGAAGAAAGACGAGUAUACCGAUCAUCCUGAAAUAAACACCGAAAUUAUCGUUUAUUUAGCGCGUAAAGAUGUACGUAGACAAAUGACGUUAUUUCUUAUAAAAAAUCAUGUAGAACGCGUAAUCCAAAAUAUAGCUGGUCCGAUUAGGGUUAUUUUAGUUUUAUACACAGAUCGCACUUGACUUGAGCGUACUGCAUUUGCGAAGUACUUUACUGAUCUUGCGACGUCGAAACAAUGUAUAAUUAUUAUGUAAAUUACACGUUUUAGCUCACCAUUAUCCAAUGCAGCUUUUUUUACCACCGGAUCUCACAUUAUCGCAUGCCAUUUCUCGAAUAAAUCAACUCUUGCAGGAAACAUCGUUCCCCUUGUUUAAGUCAUCGAUUGUCGUACACGUUCGUAAUCGUAGAAAUCGUAUUUAAAUAAUGCAGCCGCUCAUUGUCAUUUUUAUUUCUUUUUAAAAGUUGAAAUUCAUUAUAUACUCAUGAUCUUGAUCUUUUAAAUAAUUUUUUUUUUUUUUGUUUCGUU